CAUUUACUAUAAAACGUCGUCGAAGUAAAAGUGUUUCUGAAACAGUAAAGGAAUCGGCCGUUGGAAUAGGGUUAUUCUUAAAAAAAAGCUUCUCUUAUCCAAUUAACUAUAUGACCCCUACGAUUAAGUACUUCUUUUCACAACCAAUAAUCAUCUUACUCAUGCUCGUGAGAAUUUUUGCCGAGGUGAUUUUACGGAUCUUAAAUUUAAGGUUUCCACCAUGGCUUUUUAAUGGAACCGCAUUAAAGGAUUUAUCUGCAACAUCACAGCAAAUUGAUUUACGCUUUCAGCAAGCCUGUUAUUGGCCUUGGCAAUAUAUGUUACUCCGAAUUAGAGAUUGGACGAAUACUGCGACAACACGUGCACAGUAUAUUAGUAUGUGGCUUGUAGCAAAUGAUAUCAUAAUAGGUGUUACUAUAGGAUCAUUUCUUAUCAAUAAUAGCGAGUACGUGGCAAAUAUCUUGUUAAAAGACUAUCUUGAU